ACUUUCCGCUGAUUUCCUUUUUAUUGUUGUUACUAGUUACUAUUAUUUAUUACUAUUAUACUUAUGAUGGUGAUGAUGAUGAUGAUAAUGACACUGAUGAUUUUUAACCGGAUUAAAAUCGAGUUUUUCUGAAUGUUCGUAAGAAUUUCUCCGGCCUCCUGAUUGACUUUCGAGUUUUACAUCUUGGGAGAGAAAGCGAAGGCAUUAGCAUUUUUAAGUGGAUUGAUCACAUAAACCUUUUCUCUCCCAACCCCACCCCUGCCCUCAUCCCCUUCCCCACACUGGAAAGAAUUUUAUUGGCUUGUUAAGUCUAUGACCUUAUUUUUCCUAAUCUUUAACUUAACUGUUUUAGAGCAUCUCUGGACGUCUGUAUUUUUAAUUUUUUUUUUUGUUUUUUUAUUUUUAAUCUUUCAUUUGUUAAAUUUUUAAACUGUGCUGCAAUAAAAUGUGUGUGGUACUACUUAAGACCUAUGAUAGUGAUGGCCUUUUCCCGGAAAGCCAUCUUUCUCCUGUUUCCCUUGAAAUCCCAUCCUGCUUUUCCUGUACACAACCCUUCACAAACCACAAGCUGCAGCAACAUGGAUGCCCAGCCUGGAGCAGCAGCAGCCAGGAUGACCUGGAGCCAGGGGGGCCUUCGGAACAGAUGCACACCCUUCCUGGGUGAUGUUUUUUCCGCUUUGUGAAGAACCUCAACAUCAAAACGCAAUGGCUAGCAAUGUUACCAACAAGACAGACCCUCGCUCCAUGAACUCCCGUGUAUUCAUCGGGAAUCUCAACACUCUUGUGGUGAAGAAGUCUGAUGUGGAAGCAAUUUUCUCGAAAUAUGGCAAAAUUGUGGGUUGCUCUGUUCACAAGGGCUUUGCCUUUGUUCAGUAUGUUAAUGAGAGGAAUGCCCGGGCUGCUGUAGCAGGAGAGGAUGGCAGAAUGAUUGCUGGCCAAGUUUUAGAUAUUAAUCUGGCUGCAGAGCCAAAAGUGAAUCGAGGAAAAGCAGGUGUGAAACGAUCUGCAGCGGAGAUGUACGGGUCAGUACCAGAACACCCUUCUCCGUCCCCUCUACUCAGCUCCUCUUUUGACUUGGAUUAUGACUUUCAACGGGAUUAUUAUGACAGGAUGUACAGUUACCCAGCACGUGUUCCUCCUCCUCCUCCUAUUGCUCGGGCUGUGGUGCCCUCAAAACGCCAGCGUGUAUCAGGGAACACCUCACGAAGGGGGAAAAGUGGCUUCAAUUCUAAGAGUGGACAGCGAGGUUCGUCUUCCAAGUCUGGAAAAUUGAAAGGAGAUGACCUUCAGGCCAUUAAGAAGGAAUUGACUCAGAUAAAACAAAAAGUGGAUUCUUUACUGGAAAACCUGGAAAAAAUUGAAAAGGAGCAGAGCAAGCAAGCAGCAGUAGAGCUGAAGAAUGAGAAGUCAGAAGAGGAGCAGAGCAGCAGCUCCCUGAAGAAAGAUGAGACUAAUGUGAAGAUGGAAUCUGAGGGGGGUGCAGAUGACUCUGCUGAAGAGGGGGACUUAUUAGAUGAUGAUGAUAAUGAAGAACGGGGGGAAGACCAGGUGAAAUCUAUGGGAAAGCUGGAGCUGAUCAAGGAUGAUGAAAAAGAGCCUGAGGAAGGAGAGGAUGACAGAGACAGCGCCAAUGGCGAGGAUGACUCUUAAGCACAUAGUGGGGUUUAGAAAUCUUAUCCCAUUAUUUCUUUAUCUAGG